AUGUUUUGGAAGCGGCAGGAAGUGCGGGAUGGUGGUGGCCCAGGAGGAUGGGCACAAAAAAACUUGAAUGCCAGAAUAGAUAACCAUUUUGCUACAGCAUUAGUGAUUGCUUGUGUACUCAGUCUCAUAUCUACCAUCUAUAUGGCAGUGUCCAUUGGCACAGAUUUCUGGUAUGAAUAUUGCAGUCCACCACCAGAAAAUUUCAGUGACUUAAACAAAAUCAGGAAUGAUUUUGUUGACAGUGAUCCUGACGAAAAGACUUAUAAUGAUUUACUUUUCCGAUAUAAUGGCACAGUGGGAUUGUGGAGAAGAUGUAUCACUGUGCCCAACAAAAGUAUACCUUGAUAUAGCGCUCCAGAAAAGACAGAGUCAUCUGACUUGAUCACAGAAUGUUUCAGUUUUACAUUGUCAGAGCAGUUCAUGGAGAAGUAUGUAGAGCCUGGAAACCAUAAUACAGGGAUUGAUCUACUCCGGACCUAUCUUUGGUGCUGCCAAUUCCUUUUGCUGUUUGUUAGCCUAGGUUUGAUGUGCUUCGGGGCUUUGAUUGGACUUUGUGCUUGUGCCUGCAGGAGUCUGUAUCCAACCAUUGCCACAGGAGUCCUUCAUUUCCUUGCAGGUCUGUGUACACUGGGCUCAGUAAGCUGCUAUGUUGCUGGUAUUGAGCUACUUCAUCAGAAGCUGCAGCUGCCUGAAAAUGUGAAGGGUGAAUUUGGUUGGUCUUUCUGCCUGGCCUGUGUCUCUGCCCCCUUGCAGUUCAUGGCUACCGCACUUUUCAUCUGGGCAGUGCGUACCAACCGAAAAGAAUACACACUAAUGAAGGCCUAUCGUGUGGCCUAGGUGGACUGCAACUUCAGUUAGAGUUUGCUACACUAUAAUAUUUUUUAAUGUCUAUUUUAUUCUCAUAACUUUCUCUUCCCUCCCCUCCCUUUCCCCCUCACUGUGGACACAAUUCUAUUCUGGGUGUUUAUUUAAAGCAUUGUUUUCUCACUCUCAACUUUAAAUUUGGGUGGUGGUCUUUAAGAAAUCACACCCUUCAUGCUACGUCCAAUAAAGCUACAUCCAGAAUCUAGAAAAGAGAAAUUAGAUAAAGAGAAUAAAUUUAUG